AUGAGUGAGCAGGCUAGAACAAGAAAGCAACCUUCUAGAAAAGGUAAGAAAGCAUGGAGAAAGAAUGUGGACUUAAAUGAUAUUGAAGCAAAACUUCAGGAAGUACGAGAUGAAGAGAUAGUGAAAGGUCCUUCAGCACAAGAUGAUUUUGUAAUUGAUGAAACCCCCAACUUUACUUCGAAAGAGUACAAGACGCCAAAGAAACUCAAAACGCAAGAGAUUUUAACAAACAAGUCCAAAGUUCCUGCAUUAGUCAAUAACCGUGCUAAGAAGAAUGCAACAAUACAGGGAGUGAAAAAGACAGAGAUGUUGAGAUUGUUGAAAUUACGGGGUGGUAAAUACAAAGACGAAAGCAUAACCAUGGCAAGAAUUGAACAAGACGGAUUGGUAAGUGGUGAUAGUGAGGAUCUUUGGGAUGAUGAUAGUAGUACCACAACCAAACAUAAAGCAAAAAUCCCUGAUUAUGGCACUUCCACAGCCGAGGUCACUCCAGCUACGGUCGUACCGCCAACUUUGCGUGUCAAGCCCAUACAAGUCACCAAAAAUGAUUUGACUGAGAAAGCCGUCCAUGCUGGUAAAUCGUAUAACCCAUCGUUGGAGUCAUGGAAGGAGUUGAUAGACCAGGAAUAUGGUGUGGAAUACCAGAGAGAAUUGACACGGCAGUCGAUGGAGGACCACAAAUUGAGAAUUCAAGAGCUUAUGGUCACUUUAAAUGAUAACAUGUUUUCCGAUGGCAGUGAUGAAGAAGAAGAAGAAAAGGAGGAGGAAGACAUAAUUGGUGAAAAUGAGAAGGACUAUUCAUUGUCCAUAAACAAACCAACAAAAAUCAAGAUUAAAACAAAGACAAAGAGAAACAGACAAACCAAACACAAGGAAAGAGUUAAAUUAGAACAAGAAAUCAAAGAUUUGAAGAAGCAGUUGAAGGAUCUUUCUAAUUUGGAUAAAAUUCUACAGAAACAGCAACAAGAAGAAGAUGAGGGUAAGUCAAGAACAAAACCGUCUGAAAAGCCAAGAAGUUUGAAAAGGAACAAAUUGCAUAAAUACACCCCUAUUGAAACUCCAUUAGAAUUGAAGUUAUCAGAUGAAUUGACUAGUAAUUUGAAAAACUUAAAACCAGAAGGUAACCUAUUUUAUGAUCAAAUGUUAAACUUACAAUCAAGUGGUAAGAUUGAAAGUAGAGUUCCAGUGCAUAAGAAGAGAAAGUACGCCAAAAAGGUUACUGAAAAAUGGACCUACAAGGAUUUCAAAUAA